CACAACACACUUGUUGAAUCAUAUAUUCGACGGCUCUGAUUGUGCAUACCCCAAUACUGCACUAAGAUACAUACACUUCGUCUCGGCCCGACCCAAUGCUUAAUAAAAGGGAGGGGGAUGGGUACUCAAUUCCAUAAGUCUGAGUCUGAGUCAUCAACCUCUCACAUUGGGAGAAUUAUUGCUCUCUCUUGCUUCCCAAUAUCAUAACAAAACAAGACCCUUUUGGAAAACUCUGACUCAACUGAAAAGAGAAUCUCUUUCUGUACCCCUAUCCCCACCAAUACAGACAUCCAAAUUCCAAACGUAACCACUAGCCCAUUGGAUCAUUUGCAUAACACCAACAAAAACCCACUUGCCCACAGGAAAUGUCUCUCCCUCUCCUCCUCUUCCUCACCAUCUCCGCCGUCUCCGCCGCCGCACAGCUGCCGCUCCAACCGGGUUUUUACUCGAAAGCAUGCCCGGCCGCAGAGACCACGGUCUGGAGCAUGAUUCAGAAGGCCAUGGCUAGAGAGGCCCGGAGCGGGGCCUCGGUCAUGCGAUUGCAAUUCCAUGAUUGCUUCGUUAAUGGUUGUGAUGCUUCGUUGUUGCUGGACGAUACGCCGAACAUGCUUGGAGAGAAACUGUCUCUGUCGAAUAUAAAUUCGCUUAGAUCAUAUGAAGUGAUUGAUGAAGUAAAAGAUGCAUUGGAGCAAGUCUGUCCUGGAAUUGUUUCGUGUGCAGAUAUUAUAGUGAUGGCCGCUAGAGAUGCCGUUGUGUUGAGUGGAGGGCCCUAUUGGGAAGUGAAGUUAGGGAGGGAAGACAGCCUAACAGCAAGCCAAGAAGACUCGGACGACAUCAUGCCAAGCCCAAGAGCCAAUGCCACCACCCUUAUAUCCCUCUUCAACAAAUUCAACCUCUCCAUAAAAGACCUUGUUGCCCUUUCUGGGUCCCACUCCAUAGGCCAAGGCCGGUGCUUCUCCAUCGUCUUCCGGCUCUAUAACCAGUCCGGCACCGGCCUACCCGACCCAACCAUUGAGCCCAAAUACAGAGAAAAGCUGGACCAUCUUUGUCCGCCCGGCGGGGACGAAGAUGUGACCGGAGAUUUGGAUGCAACUCCGGAGAUAUUCGAUAAUCAGUAUUUUAAGGACUUGGUUUUGGGGAGAGGUUUUCUGAAUUCUGAUGAAACCCUGUUUGCCAAUGAGGAAACUAGAACGUAUGUGAGAGAGUUCAGUCUGAACCAGACUAAAUUUUUCAAGGCAUUUGUUGAGGGGAUGAUUAAGAUGGGGGAUUUGCAGUCGGGCCGGCCCGGGGAGAUCAGGAGGAACUGUAGGGUGGUCAACGGCCGGCCCAUUGACAUAUUGUUGGAGGAUUGAGGGACAGGGAAAAUUAACGUUGUUGACUUGUUUGUUGUUAUAUGAAACUAGAAUAUAUGCGAACUUAUAUAUAUUAGUGGCUAUGAUACGAACUUUCUCAUUA